CCCUGGACAGUCCCAGAGACAGAAGCGCUGUAUUUCUAGAGCAGCUUGCCGUGGUCCUCCGCCCCUCCGUCCUGCUGCAAUGAGUGGCAAGUCCUUGCUCUUAAAGGUCAUUCUCCUUGGGGAUGGUGGAGUUGGGAAAAGUUCCCUCAUGAACCGGUACGUCACCAACAAGUUUGACUCUCAGGCUUUCCACACCAUUGGGGUGGAGUUCCUAAACCGGGACCUGGAGGUGGAUGGACGUUUUGUGACCCUCCAGAUUUGGGACACUGCAGGACAGGAGAGAUUCAAGAGCCUGCGAACCCCCUUUUACAGGGGAGCAGACUGCUGCCUGCUGACCUUCAGUGUGGAUGACCGGCAGAGCUUUGAGAACCUCAGUAACUGGCAGAAGGAGUUUGUCUAUUAUGCUGACGUGAAGGACCCAGAACACUUCCCAUUCGUAGUCCUGGGCAACAAGAUAGACAAGCUUGAGAGACAAGUGAGCACAGAGGAGGCCCAGGCCUGGUGCAUGGAGAACGGUAACUAUCCAUACCUGGAGACUAGUGCCAAGGAUGACACCAAUGUGGCAGUGGCCUUUGAGGAGGCUGUGCGACAGGUACUGGCCGUGGAGGAGCAACUGGAGCACUGCAUGCUGGGGCACACCAUUGACCUGCACUCCAGCUCCAAAUCAGGGUCUUCCUGUUGUUAAGAGCGGCUGCUGCUUCGGGAAUGUCGCUUGAGCCAGCGGCUGGAUCAGAAGAAGCACGGGCAGCUCUGGGGCACUCUGAGGAGCGGGGCCACAAGGACAAUAGGUGGUUUGCUCACUGAGGAGUUGCAGCCUCACCAUCCGAGUUCUGGCUGGAGUUUUUGGGCACAGAGCAUGUAUCUGCAGGAGGGAGCUGUUAAAAGAGCAUGUGAGCGUAGUCCUGCUUCCAUCUCUGUCUGUUGUAGCAGGUUUAAAGGACUGGGUUAAAGUCCUUUAAAUUCACUAAAGACAGUAGUGAUCUGAUCUGUACCAAGAACUGCCUGCAGAACACAGCUGAGAGCACCCUAGACAGUCUGUGAAGUAUUUU